AUGCUAGAGCGGUUCGCCAGUUCUUGCACUGUUUGUAUAAAUGCUUUAUUUCAUAUUCCAAUAGUUCGUUUAUCUAUAUUGAAAUUUACACCAACAAGAGAAUCUUGGGGUGAAGUGGAAGGUUAUUGGAAAGGAAAAGCUCAAAAUUUAUCGAUUACAGAUAAUGACUAUUAUGGUGAUCCUGAAUUUAAUAAUGACAGAAAAUAUACUUUAAUAUGUAUCUUAAUUGAACUUUUAAGUAAAUCUUGGCCAUUGUAUCUUUCCUAA